AAAUGUAUAGAGCGACGAGCAAAUUAUAGCCUCGGACAGCCGUCACAUUGAGUCUUCAUUUCUUUGUUGGAUUUUGACGAAACCGUCAACCGGGCGAGGCGGAGUUGCUGAGCAAAAGCAAAUUUUCUGAUCAGGAACCGCCAGAUACGAUACGAGAAAGAGAAUUCUUCCUUCUCUUCACUUGGAAGUUGGAAUUCUCUCACUCCGGCUUUUCCCAUCUGUGUAUUUGUCCAGAGAGAGAGAGAGAGAUGCCGGUGCCUCAUGAUCAACGUGCAAGAUCUGCGAAACCCACAACUAUCCAUGGCUGUGCGCAGUCGGGAGAUUUCGUCGGCUUUCAGAAGAAGAUUCAGGAGAACCCAUCGCUUCUCAACGAUCGAAAUGCUGUCAUGGCACAGACACCACUUCAUGUUUCUGCUGGUUACAAUAAUGUUGAGAUAGUUAAGUUUCUGCUCAAUUGGCGAGGACCAGAAAAGGUCGAGUUGGAGGCCAAAAAUAUGUAUGGGGAAACCCCAUUGCACAUGGCUGCAAAAAAUGGAUGCAGUGAAGCAGCAAAACUACUUCUUAAUCAUGGUGCUUUUGUGGAGGCUAAAGCCAAUAAUGGAAUGACUCCCUUGCACCUUGCAGUAUGGUACUCGCUCCGUGCUGAGGAUUGCCUAACUGUGAAGACACUGCUCGAGUACAAUGCUGAUUGCAGUGUUCAGGACAAUGAUGGCAUGACUCCUCUAAAUCAUCUAUCACAAGGCCCGGGAAGUGAGAAGUUGCGGGAACUUCUCCAUAGGCAUAUUGAAGAGCAGAGGAAACGCAGGGCCAUUGAAGCAUGUGGUGAAACAAAAGCAAAGAUGGCUGAACUUGAAGAGGCAUUAACAAAUCUUGUGGGGUUGCAUGAUCUCAAGCUACAACUACGGAAGUGGGCUAAGGGAAUGCUCUUAGAUGAGAAGCGGAGAGCCCUUGGGCUCAAGGUUGCCACACGGAAGCCCCCUCAUAUGGCAUUCCUUGGAAAUCCUGGAACAGGUAAAACAUUAGUUGCUCGAAUUCUUGGGAGACUACUCCAUAUGGUGGGAAUUUUACCUACUGACAAAGUAACAGAAGUGCAGAGGACUGAUUUGGUUGGAGAAUUUGUUGGGCAUACAGGACCCAAGACUAGAAGAAAGAUCAAAGAAGCUGAGGGAGGAAUCCUCUUUGUGGAUGAAGCCUAUCGGCUGAUACCCAUGCAGAAGGCUGAUGAUAAGGACUAUGGGUUGGAAGCCUUGGAGGAGAUUAUGUCUGUCAUGGACAGUGGAAAAGUAGUGGUUAUAUUUGCUGGCUACAGUGAGCCAAUGAAGCGCGUAAUCUCCUCAAAUGAAGGCUUCUGCAGAAGGGUGACCAAAUUCUUCCUGUUUGUUGACUUCAGUUCUGAAGAACUGGCCCAGAUCCUCCAUUUGAAGAUGAAGAAUCAAGAAGAAAACAGUCCACUGUAUGGAUUCAAGUUGCACCCAUCCUGUAGUGUAGAUGCCAUUGCUGAUCUGAUAGAGAGAGGAACAACAGAGAAGCAGCGAAAGGAGAUGAAUGGAGGCUUAAUAGAUCCAUUGCUAGCCAACUCUAGAGAGAAUUUAGAUCUUAGGCUUGAUUUUGACUGUGCAGAUGCAGAUGAGCUACAAACAAUCACCCUAGAAGACCUAGAAGCUGGCCUCAGGUCACUACUAUCUCAGUGAGUGGGGAUCGAGUCAUUGAAUAGGAUUUAUAGAAUCAUCUCACAACUUGGUGAUAAUUGUUGGCUUACUGUUGUUGCCUUCAUGAUCCAUUUUGGUUUUUGAUAUAUUCACUGGCUUCAAGUCUAAGAAGCAAGCGAUUGUUUUGCCCCAGGUCUGUUCUUGAAUUAGAUAGGAGAUGGAUAAUUGGAGUUAGAAGUGGUCCAUUCCUACUGUUUUUUCGGAUGUAAAAAUAUGCAAAAUUGGAGUAAGAAGUGAUCCAUCUCAAAAACAUUUGGGGAUAUGAAUAAUAUGCAAAAAAUUUCCAUUUGCCUA